AUGUCCGGCAAUGAGUGCAUUCGAAGCAAAACAAACAUUGAUCACCGAGGCAAUGAUAUCGAUAUUCUUUCGACUGUGCGUGUGAGCUCGUGGUUGGACUCGACAUCUAGGGCAGAACCAAAACUAGGAUGGACACGGCUAAACUUGGGCCCGCUUCCCAUUGCCAUCCCAACCUGGUCUUCAGUAGGACCAAAGGACGAAUUAUCUUCCGUUAACCCCCCAUUGCAUCUUGAACAUGACUUCCAGGAUGCCCAAGAUGGCGGCUACAAUAAUGUGCCCACCCUCUUUUGGGUCCGCAUUUACCUCCAAGCAUUCGUUCCCGCAAAAGGGAGCUGGUAA